AUGAGUACAUCUAUAGGUCGACUAUUAGCUUCCGAGAAACUUAACGGUGAUAACUAUGGAACUUGGAAAUCUAAUUUAAACACUAUACUAGUUAUCGACGAUCUGAGGUUUGUUUUAACAGAGGAAUGUCCUCCAGUUCCUGCUCAGAAUGCGAACCGAACUGUUUGGGUCGUUCAUGACAGAUGGACUAAGGCUAAAGAAAAAGCCAAAGUCUAUAUUUUGGUAAGUAUAUCAGAUAUACUAUCCAAAAAGCAUGAAAAAAUGGUCACCGCUAAGGAGAUCAUGAACUCACUGCAAGCCCUGUUUGGACAACCAUCCUCCUCGGCUAUGCAUGAUGCUAUCAAAUGGGUUUACAAUUGCCGGAUGAAAGAAGGACCGAAUGUUAGGGAACAUGUUCUGGACAUGAUGGUCCACUUCAACAUCACGGAAGUAAACAGGGCUGUCAUGAACGAGAAGAGCCAAGUAGGGUUCAUCAUGGAGUCUCUUCCGAAGAGCUUUUUCCAGUUCAGAAUUAAUGCCAUGAUGAACAAAAUAGAUUAUAAUCUUACCACUAUUCUCAAUGAGUUACAGAUUUACCAGUUUUUAUUGAAAAAUAAAGGUUCUGAGGCAGAGGCAAAUGUUGCUACUACCUCAAAGAGGAGAUUUCAAAAGAGAUUUGCCUCUGGAAAUAAAUCUGUCCCAAAGAAUAAAG